AUGACCAAAAUAUUCACAACGCCGCAAUUAGAUCCAGCGGAAAAAGGUGCACCCGAGAAGAAGGUAUAUAAAAGCAGUGUUGAUGAGGAUGAUAUCUCAAAGCCAACAACGAUUCUACCGUUCGCACUGCAACUCGAGAAAAGUGGAGCAAAGUGUCGCUGGCCUUGUUUGAUCACAGUUAUUCUCCUACUCUGGAUAUUGGCCACAUCAGCGAUACUAAUUCAUCUGGCACCUGAUUGUGUCUAUCGAAAAUUGCAUCAAUUCACACACUACGAUGAGCCACAAGCACAAAUACGUACGGCAGAUCGAUUCGUAAUCGACAUCACCGAGACAAAUCCCAAAAUCGAUCUGAUCAACAACGACAAUUCAAUUGCUACAGAUAAGCCAACAGUUGAUGGUACUGCUGGUGUUGAGCGUGAUGAUAAACAAGCGGAGAAUGCAGAUGAUUCAAAUAAAAUACCCAGUGAAGAUGAUGCCACUAAUGCGAUCCGAACCUUACUGAGAAGACCUGAAGUACAGCAAGUGGUGAUCGUUGGCCGUAAUGAUUAUGAGUCGCAAAAUGAAAAAACAUCGAAAGGAGUUAUUGUAUUGGAUGGUUCGGCGAUAAGCGAAAACGGAGACGUGAGGCCAAUUGAUAUCAUCAAUCAGCUUCAGAACUACAACGGUGUUAUCAUCCCGGCCGAUCAGCUGAUCGCCAACGGUGAACAACCCAUUCUACCGAUACAGCUGGCAAUGCAGCAACCCCCUCAACUACCCAUCAUGCCCCCUCCUCAGAUGCUAUCCCCUCAAAUGCCCCCUCCCCAGAUGCCCCGUCCGCAGAUGCUCGGUCCUCAAAUGGGCCCUCCCCAGAUGCCUCCUCCGCAACUGCCCCAUCCACAAAUGCCCUCUCCUGAAAGAGCUUCACCUCAGGUAGCAGUUCCGCCACCUGCCGUCUCCGCAGAAUAUCAACGACAAUUAGCCAAAUAUCAUCGAGCCGUGAUGCAGUGGCAAAUGGAACGCGAAGUCUAUAGACGACAUCUUUUGAUGCGUUUACAGACGGAAAGAAUGAUGGCGAAUAACGAGGAGGUGAUGCGUCGAAUGGAACAGCAACAACAGCAACAGCAACAACAACAGCAACAAGAACAGCUACAGCAACAACAGCAACAGCAACAACAACAGCAACAGGAACAGCAACAAGAACAGCUACAGCAACAACAGCAACAGCAACGAACUGCGAUGAUGCGUCAAGAGAUGAUGGCACGAAUGAUGGCCAUGCGCAGUCGUAUGAUGAUGCCUCGAAUGCCCCCGAUGCAGAUGAUGAAUAUGCCUAUGCCUAUGAAUCCCGUCGGAAGAAUGCCCAUCUACCCAACCAUCUAUCACAUGAUAUUCCCUCAAUCACCAAAACAGGCAUCCAAUGAAAUGGAUAAUGCUGAAGUGACAUCGCCAUCGUUAUUGAAAAACGAUGAGUUGCAUAAAGAUAAUGAGACUGCUGAAAAAUCGCCAGAUCAACAAGUUGAGCCAGAAGGAACUGCAGUGAUUCCUCAACAAGAAGUAGUUGCACCAUCUGAACAGCCAGUUAUGCCAGAGACACCUGAAUUACCGAUUGUCAGUCCUCACGAUGCGUCGGCAGAUCAAAUUCUAUCGGCAAUGCAAGCCGAACUCAAAGUGGAUCGUGAUGCAAUCUUCCGAAGAUUACUUGCCCAAUCGCAGAUGGAAAGUACACGCCAAGAGCAGCAAGCUGAACAAGCAAGUGCGGCGUUGAAUACAGAGGAUCACGAUGAUAUCUCAUGGAAGAUGCACGACUUGCAGGCAAACGACAACAUUCAACCACCACAGCCAGAUGACGAAAAUGCACCACAGAAUGCAGUGGUAGAAAAUCAAAAGACGCACGACGAGAUAUUCCGUGAGCUGCAGCAAAAAUCAAUCGAACUCGGACGUGAGGCUGACGCUCGAGAGGCGGCUGCCAGAUUUUCCGCUGACAUUCAACGGACCACUCAACAAGCGAUACCUUCUGAUGCUCCAGCAACGGAUACACCAGUGAUAAUGAUCGCUGACACCUUCCCACAUCGAUCAACAGUUUCUGAGCCUGAUCAACAAAUGGGCACAGAGCAACAACAACAAGAAGCAACACCUUCUCCACUCGUUGACGAUACGACCACAAUUCAGUCUGAUCCUGAACAACUCUUGAUAACGUCCAGACCUGAUUCGUUGGCUGCUUUCUUCAAAUUUUUCCAGAAUGAAGCGGUCAAGAUGAGCAAAGCAUUCCGUCCAAUUUUCCAAGACAUCACCGCAAUCGCUCCCACAACCACCACUCAGACAGUUCCCGAGAGUACAAUGGGAUCAGAUGACAUAUCCGGAACAGAGAUCGAUCAGCCGCAGCUGGCCGGCAGUACGGAUCCGGUUGAAGCAAAAACGCCUGAACCAGAAAACACGGCAGCGACAGAGACGAUACCAUCAAUUGCAAACACAGAACAAGCAAUGGAACCGGAAGUAAGAGAGGAGGAAUUGUUGGUGCCGGACACAGAAAUCGAAGAGAAUCCUCUUGACAUAGAACCAACACGACCACUCUUUUACACCUAUUGA